UAGGUCUGGAAGGGAAUCAAGACAACAACACAACAUAUUCCCGGAUCACACUUGCCACACUUUCAAGUUGAACGAACGUUCUUUAUCUUGAUGUUUGUCUCUCAGGAGUUAACAACUGGGCAACUGAAACUGAAGAUCAUUAUUCGUUAAGCACUGAUUCUCUAGUGAUAGACUAUGACGGACUCUGAAACUACAAGGGACCCGUGCGACGACUACAUGGCCGACGACGUCUCUGUCAUCAGUGACACAACGCAUGGAACAGAUGAUGUCACAUCGCCGUCAGCGUGGGCAGGUCUGAAAGGAUUGAUGAAAUCUCUACCAAGGAAAAGAGAGUGCUUCCACAGCCCCACCAACCAAGGAGAUUGCUCACCAAUUAUUCCCAGUCAAAACAGAACUCAAAACUUGAGUGGGGAUGCUCAGCAAGAUGACUGGAUGUCUGAUAAUGAGUCUGUGAUGUCCACAUCACUGCUCACCGUCAAGGGGAGGCUCUCAAAACCAAGGGACACAACUCCAAAUCACACACUCUGA